AACUCGAGCGUCCUCCCCUUCCGACUCGCAUUCGCUCUCUGACCGCCGACGGAAGCACACGCGCCGAGUGGACCAGGAAGUUUGGAUACGUUUUAGCCUUUCCUUUGUGAUCCGCCGGUGUCCUUCUCUCCUCGUGGUGUAAACGCCUGAGAAAUAGCCAGCAGCAUGAGAAUCCUUGGCUUCGUGGGCGUGAUGCUUCUCGCGCACCAAGCCUCUGCUUGGUUCUGCUACAGCCACAACCCUGGCGAUGAAAGCUGGUCGGUUGUGCCUUGUUUCUCCGGUUCCUGUUACUCGGUGGGAGCAAAACUCUUGGGCUUCGGCGACGCCAAGAAAGGCUGCGCAGACGAUGUGCAUGCGAACGUCUGUGAGGCAGCCAACCUGAAAGGCCUGGCUUCGCAGCACGUGUGUUUCUGCAACUCCAUCCUCUGCAACAGCUCCUCCGACGUGGCCCCGUCUCUCCUGUUGCCUCUUCUGGUUCUGGCUUACUUCCUGUGGGUGUGAAUGGAGACCGGUGUUGCUCGGCGGGUCGACUGUGUCCAUUUAAAGUUUUGAGGAUUCGUCGUCGUCCUCCUCUUUGUUCUUCUCUUUCUCCUUCACCUCCUCCUCCUCUAUCUCCUCUUUGUUCUUCUUCUCCUUCACCUCCUCCUUCAACCUCCUCUUCCUCCUCCUCCUCUUUGUUCUUCUCUUUCUCCUCCUCCUGCUCCUCCUCCUCCUCCUCCUCCUCUUCCUCUUCCUCUUUGUUCUUUCUCCCCCUCCUCUUCCAUCUCCUCCUCAUGAGUUUCCUGCAUAGAACUCCUGCUGUUUUUUAUUGAUUUUCUCAUGUUAUUUGGAUACUUUAGAGCCAUCGUUCAGACCAACCUUGGAGGCGCCUCAUAGAUUCUAAAAGGAAGACAAUAUUUUUGCCUCAAUGAUCUGCUUACACUGCUCGGACUAUCAACUACAAGGAACCACAUAUUUUAUACAAUUUGUCACUGUGAUAAUCUUAAUGCUCUUGUAAAAUUCCUAAAUAGUAGGGUGGUGAAGAUAUACUGAGGACAUGCAGUAUUUAUGCCACCAGGUGUGUGAAUACCCUGUUGCUAUCCCCAAAGUACUUGACAGGAAUUCCCGCUGGAAAUUAAGGCUUUUGCCUCUAUUUCAUAUUUCUAUACCGUGUGCUUCCAUUUAGUUUCGUUUUCCAUGCUGAAAUGUAACUAAUGUAUUAAAUUAAAUGUUCAAAUAGGUUUUUUCUAUUUUAUAAUGGAAUUUCAAAAGGGUUAACCCAAUUCUAUGUUUAGGGUGAUAAUACCCAACUGUGCAGUGCAUUACAUUUAUAUAUAUCUAUAUAUAUUUUGACGUUGUCCACAUAUUCUAAGAAUGUUCAACAGGAUCUAGUUACAUGUUAAACUAGAAUAAGCUUUCUUUCAGUUUAGAAAAAUGUAAAUAGUACAUUUCAAGCUUAAGAAUAACUAUGCAGUGUAUUUUACAUUGAAGGGUCCUUGCAACAAAUAAUAUAAUACAUGUGGUAUUUGAAAGAAAAGUUUUACAGUGUAAAUCAAACAUAUUCUGAAUCUGCAAGAUCAUAACAUUAGCAUAUAAUUUGGACAUACUUUGGGUAUUUUACAAACCUCUUCCUCAACGAUAUGAAGCUUUUAUACCAGGAAAUUUGGAUGUCUGGAAAUGCAUAUUUUCACAGCUGAUGAAUAGAAUCCAAGCGAUGUAUUUUUUAAACAUUUCAGUGUAAAUGUUUGUUUUUUGUUUACAUUUUAAUGAUGUUCAAGUACAAUUUGACAUACUCAAAAGUAAUUGAAGCUUAUCAAACCAAUAUUUUGUCUUCAAAAAUAAAUUUGUAGAAAAACA